UUUCGAUGGUGCUGGGUGCAUUCGAUUUGCACGCUUUCGCGAACGCAAAACUUACGUGUAUCAAACAGGCGUCAAGAAAUCCAAAAUUACCGUAGUAUUACAUAUAUAGCGACGUAACAAAUUCUGUACGAAGGUAUCCCAAGUUUGCGUGUCUCUGUUUUCGCAACUUUAAAAUAACGUAGUGCCAAAGAUCAUGACAAAAAUUAAGUUGCUUGAUGAUGACACAGGAAACAUAUAUACAAUUGAAGUCUCUGAAGAAGAUGCUGUGAAGAUUGGUAAAGACGUGCUAUUUGCGACACAACUUUUACAUAAUUACAAAGCAGAAAUUCCUCAGAAUUGUGAUGAGCCAGUUGCAAACACAGCAGCAGAAUUUUCCUCGUCUCCUGACUGCAACAUAUAUCAUGUCACAGAGGAUGCAAUACAAGAAGAGACAAUGUCUGAUUCCUCUCAAGAGAAAGAUGGCUUCCGUUGGCAACAUGAAGCGAUUCUAUCGUUACUCACAGUGUAUAGAGAGCACGAGCAUCAAAUUACAUCUAAGAAAAUGUCGAAGACAAAAUUUUGGAUAAUGGUUGCCUCUAAAUUAGCCGAGAAAGAUUACGACGUUACAGCCUCUCAGUGCAAAAGUAAAAUGGCAGGUUUAAAGAACACCUACAGAAAUAUGAAGGUCUACAAUUCCAGAAGAGGCAAAGGUACUCGCAAAUGGCGAUACUUUAGUAUUAUGGAUGAAUUAUUCAAGAACAAACCCUUGAUAGCUCUAGAUCGUACAUUAGAUAGUAUCAAUUCAGCUUUAUCCGAUCAUGAAACCAGUAGUGAUAAGAAAAGGAAGAGUACAUCCUCAUGUGAAACUGAAUUACUUUCGAAACGCUCGAAACACAGUAUUUUGUUCGACAAAGUACUUGCUAUUGCACAAGAAAGUAUUAUUGAACGAAAGAAGAUGCAUGAAGAAGCGAUGGCUCGUCAAGAUAAAUUACUCGAUAUUCUAGAAAGGAUAAUUGAAAAAUAGUAUUACAUGUAAUAUAUAAUCAUAUUUGAAUAGACAUAAAGGUUCGUAAUAUUUCAAAAGUACAAAGAAUAUGAAGAAGAAAGAUUCUUGGUCUUUCUAUUUUUAUUUAUUCUUUCAAGUAGUUAUAAUAAAACUAUUGUUACUAAUAAGAAAUAUAGUAAACAUUUAGAAAUGAACGCAAUUUUAUAAUAUAUACAUAUGUAUCUGUUAUAGACUUUAGUUGAUUAUGAAUUUUAUUAUCACUGAUAAACUAAUAAGAAAUCGUUAUUCGCCAGUAAUUAAUAUUAAAUAGAUUUGUAACGUUGUUUGCAAGCUGUUUGUGAUCGUAAGAACUUAAUCAUCAUACAUGUUCAUAUUGGAACAUAAAUGUUUAUAUACCAUUCAUGAUACUCGUGCGGAGGCAAAAAUGAAAUAUCAUGUGUUAAUUUAUAUACAAGAAACGCAUAAAUUAUAAAAUGUACAGAUUUAUAAAAUGUUUAUGUAUAAGACAUGAUGUAUAUUGUAGUUUUUUCCGUAACAUUUUAUUUUUAAAUAUAGCUUACUUUUGUAAUACAAUAUUAAAAUAAAACAUAUAAA